ACCCACUUCAAGGUCCUAAAGAUGAUUUGCGGGAUCAGAUCUUGCUCGACUUACCUGAGAGUAUCGGCGUAUUGUUCAUCAUCGGCGACAAAGACGCCAUGUGUCCACUCGAUCUAUUGAACGAGACUAGAAGCAAAAUGGUAGCGAAAUCGCAGGUCGUUGUUGUAAGAGAUGCAGAUCAUGGUAUGAACAUUAAGCCUGCCAGCGCUACGAAGGAAGUUGGUGAAUCGACCGGACGGGUGGCUGCGUGGUGGGUGGAGGGAGAUUUGAAGGGGGAUGUACAAUAUAUCGGAAAACAAGAGGAGUGAGUAAGAAAGGUAUGAAGUUUUUCUAAAGACGGAUCUUCAAGCAUAUUGGUGGUCUUGAACUCUUCACGUUUCUCAUCUGCUCUUCUCUUCAUUCCAAACAUGAGAUAUUGCUACUGCAUCUCCCGAUCUGAUUGGGGGUACCUAUUCUCUACUACUCGAGAGAUCUCGUGCCCGUUCUCAUAUUCCUCGUCAGAUGUGACGAUACCUCUUCUCGCUAGCUCCUCCAGCCCUUCUGACGUCUCAGCCAAUUCCAUUCACCCAACGAUUUCAUCAUCAAUCGAUCCAUCACUAUCGUCUUCUUCAUCAGAUGCGUGUACUGGUAGCCGAAGUCGAGUCCCAAGAUGGUAUCGAAUGUCUUGUGAGUGCCAACCUAGGUCGGGCGAAAGGGAAGUUCGCCAAAUCCUUCGCCUGCUUAGAGGCCAUGCCAGCCUUCUUGUCGGCGCGUUCAUUGCUGGAAAUUCCCGAGUAUGCUGGAGACCAGAACAUCUGAACCCUUCCGGGUUCGAUAGGGAGGAACCGGAGUAGUUCGAGAAUGUCUCGACAAAUCGUGGCCUCGUCGGGGAGAGGAACGGGGUCAGAGUUGUCUGGUGCAAGAGGAAUGGGUUGCCAGAUCUUGCUGUGUUUAGGAAUCGCAAGUAUUGCUCUCUUAGAAUGCUCUUUGAGCAUAUGACGGGUAGCAUCCCGUUCUUGGCGACGUGACUAGCGAAGAGGAUGCGCGAAGUCCUCCAUGGUGGCUGGUGACGACGCGAGAGGUAUUAUAGUCCUAGCAAGGGGUGAUUCUCCGAACGACCUGUAAAGGUAAAGAUACCAAGUCAGUGUAUGUCUCACAUGCAUUUCGUACAGGUAAAAAUCACCUUCAUCCGCAAGUUUGAGAAUUGCUUCGCAACUUGACCGACGAAAGCGAAGCGAUACCAAGUGCCAGUAUACAAAGAUGAC